AUUAGGGCCUUGUGAGUACCUGGGGGAGCACAGGGCUGUUCUGGCCUCAGGGGUCUUUGGAGCUGGGACCACAAGCUAAUUCGAAGCUUCCCAUGGGACCCCACAUCGGUAUCCAGGGCCUGUUCUAGGUGCUGAGGCAGAUUGUGAAAGCUAGAGCUGUGCACUCCCGCCCCUUCCGAUAGGUCCCACUGAGGGCAAUGGGUCCAGCCAGGGCUAGUACCUUCCUGAGGCCCUGAGGAGUCAGGGAGGCCGCUAUUGGUUGGUACUCCUCACUCUACUGAAGGUUGGGGAUCGGGGAGAGUGUAACUGGGACCAAGGAAGGUGGUGUGUGCACCCUUAGGAGCUCUAGCUGAGGCCAGCAAUGGCAAUGGGGGGUCCCCUGCAGUGAUGUUAAGACACCCGGGGCUGAGGGCAAGAUAAAAUUGCUGGCUCUACCUGAGUCUCCUGGUCUGAAGGUCUGGCUCACAGCCUGAACCGCACACAGCAGUGCCUGACUUCAGGCUGAUCCCUGCUGGGCUUCAGUUUCCUCACCUGUGAUGGGUGGAGUUGGGCCUAACUCCUGGCUCCAAGGCUUCAAAAGUUGGGCCUGCCAUUACCUCACCUGCCUGUCAGCCAAAACUUGGAGCCCACCCCAGGUACUCCGGCUUGUGCCUGAGAAGGGUGUUAGUUGGGCAUGGGGGCUGGACAGGGAAGGGUGCAGGGCCCAGGUCUCUUCUGCUGCAGGCGCCGCUGGCUCGGGAGUGGACGCGGCCGCUUUAAGGCGCGGUGACCCCACGGCAUCCUCGGGCGGGGCGGGGACAGUGCCGGCGCCACCAGCGGAGGCGAAUGCGAGGGAGAUAGUGCGCGGCGUCCGGCCCCACCAUGCUGACAGCGCUCACCCCGCCAGCCUUGCCUGGGAUCCCGAGGCAGCUGCCCACUGCCCCCGCGCGGCGCCAGGACUCCUCCGGUUCGUCAGGCUCCUACUACACGGCUCCGGGUUCUCCGGAGCCCCCGGACGUUGGGCCGGACGCGGAAGGCCCAGCGAAUUGGCCCUGGGUGGCCCCUGGGCGGGGGGCGGGUGCCCAGCCUCGCCUGUCCGUCAGCGCCCAGAAUAGCCGCCAGCGGCACGGGCCCGGCUCGGGUUUCUCGCGAGGCCAGGGCUCCGGCCCACGGCCACCCCAGCCCCAGCUGCGCACGCUGCCGUCGGGGGAGAUGGAAGUCAUCUUCGGCGUCGGGCCCUUGUUUGGCUGCUCCCGCGCAGAGAAUCGCGAGGCACAACAACAGCUCACGGAGCCGGCCUUCAUUAGCCCUUUGCCGCCGGGGCCAGCAUCUCCCGCUCCUGUCCCACGUCAGUCCCAGGCCCCAGAUGGUGGCUCCCGCUGGGCCACCUACCUAGAGCUGCGGCCCGGUGGGCCAAGUCCUGCCGCCCCAGCGCAGUUCGAGUGUGUGGAAGUGGCUCUGGAGGAGCGCGCCGCACCCGCCAGGCCCCGGACGGUGCCCAAGCGUCAGAUCGAGCUGCGCCCCCGGCCCCAGAGUCCCCCGCGGGCGGCCGGCGCGUCGCGCCCCCGGCUGCUUCUGCGCACCGGCUCCCUGGACGAGUCUUUGGGCCGCCUGCAGGCCGCCGCGGGCUUCGUGCAGACGGCGCUGGCCAGAAAACUGAGCCCCGAGGCCCCGGCCGCGAGCAGCGCCACCUUCAGGCCCACGGGGCUGUCGGAACCUGCGACCCGGGAAACGGCCCGCAGCACCCGCGUGGUCCUGGAGAAGACUAAGUCUCGGCCACUUCGCGUACAAGAUAAUUCGGCCCCUGCCAAAGCCCCCAGGCCGUGGCCCAGCCUCCGCGAGCGCGCGAUUCGGCGCGACAAGCCUGCGCCCGGGACGGAGCCGCUGGGUCCUGUUAGCUCUAGCAUCUUCCUUCAGUCAGAGGAGAAGAUCCAGGAGGCGCGGAAGACUCGGUUCCCGCAAGAGGCGCCGGAUCGAACUGUCCAGAGGGCACGGAGUCCGCCUUUUGAGUGUAGGGUCCCCUCGGAGGUUCCGAGUAGGGCUGUGAGGCCAAGGAGCCCGUCCCCGCCGUGGCAGGCUCCAAAUGGGGCUGUACGGGGUCCUCGCUGCCCGUCGCCCCAGAAUUUGUCCCCGUGGGAUCGGACUACUCGGAGGGUGAGUAGCCCAUCGUUCCCUGAAGCCUCCUCCGCGUGGGAAAAUCAGAAUCUUGCCGUCGAGGAAACUGUCAGCAGGAGAAGCUCUUCCCCUCCGAUCCGUUCCCAGUGGAAUCAGUGUGUUGCCGGGGAAAGGAGCCCGUCCCUCGAAGCCCCUUCCCGGUGGGAGAUUCCACAUUCGGCAGUCGGGGAUGCGGUGGAGCCAGGUAGCAGCCCGUCCCCGCCGGCCUUCUUCCCGUGGGAGGCUCCAGAUCGUCCUAUUGGAACUUGGGGCCCAUCUCCCCAAGAGACGUGGGACCCCAUGGGGCCAGGCGCAUCGAUAGUAUUUACUCAGGAAGCUCAGAAUGGGUUAACUCAGGAGGAGUUGGCACCGCCUACACCGUCCCCACCCGGGACUCCAGAACCAACAGAGAUGCAGAGUCCAUCCACGCGGGAGAUUCCGGAUCUUGCCUUUGGAGGGAGUCAGCCGUCCCCAGAGGUGGCAGCACCCGAGCCGCCCGGCAGCCACCUUGUGGGCACCCUGGACGCCGAUAAGUGCCCGGAAGUCUUGGGUCCUGGAGAGGCGGCCUCGGGACGUCCGCGCGUGGCCAUUCCGCGGCCUCGAGACGUGCGCAAGUUGGUGAAGACCACGUACGCGCCAGGCUUUCCGGCAGGAACCCCAGGCUCAAGGCUACCUGCGCCUCCUGCCGACCCCUGCGGGGAGGAGGGCGGCGAAUCCAAGACGCAAGAGCCUCCGGCACUGGGGCCCCCGGUCCCGGCUCACUACACUUCCGUUUUCAUCAAGGAUUUUCUACCGGUCGUGCCGCACCCCUACGAGCCUCCAGAAGCGUCCUUCAACACGGUCCCCCAGGACGCCUCACAGCCCAACGGGGUCAUGCGGCGGAGGGCAGAGAACAGCACAGCAAAGCCCUUCAAGCGCACAGAGAUCCGCCUGCCUGGGGCCCUGGCCUUGGGUCACCGGCCCGAGGUAACCUCGGGAGUGCGAGCGCGCGGCCCUGGAGGAAAGAACAGGGAUGCAGAGGCCCAGCGCCUUGUCCCCGACGGCAAGGGUCGGACCAGCCCUCUAGGCGGCGCCCGCAGCUCAUCCCAGUGCUCCCCCGUAGGGCCAGCAGGGGUCCGAUCGCCCCGCCCCAGCUCCCCUCAGGUGCACGCCAGCCCGAGCCCUGGGAUAGCACCCAAACCGAAGACACCUCCUACGGCUCCCGAGCCCGCGGCUGCUGUCCAGGCGCCACUCCCGCUGGAGCCCCUGGCGUCGGCGGGCAGGACGGCCCCCGCGCAGCCCCGCGCUGCCUCGGCGCCUCCCACAGACCGGUCCCCGCAAAGCCCCUCCCAGGGAGUGCGCAAGCCGCCUGGGGCCGCGCCCCGGGGGAAGGUCUUGGUGGACCCCGAGAGCGGCCGCUACUACUUCGUGGAGGCGCCGCGUCAGCCUCGGCUGCGGGUGCUCUUCGACCCCGAGAGUGGGCAGUACGUGGAGGUGCUGCUGCCGCCCUCGUCCCCUGGGCCGCCCCACCGCGUCUACACCCCUCUGGCCCUGGGCCUCGGCCUCUACCCGCCCGCCUAUGGGCCUAUACCCAGCCUCUCCCUGCCACCGUCCCCGGGCCCACAGGCUCUCGGCAACCCCCAGCUACCCUGGGUCUCUGAGGCAGGAUCCCUGGACGGGACCUACUACCUGCCAGUGAGCGGGACCCCCAGCCCCGCACCUCCUCUGCUCUUCUGUGCGCCGCCCUCCAGCUCAGUGCCCACCCAGCCCGGCAAGGGUUCCUUGUUCCCACUGUGAGGCCCCGGGCAGAUCCCCAUGGAGUUGGAGCCCUUGGAUGGCCUGGGAGGUUCUGGCAUCCAAGCCCCUACCCUCCUCUCUUUCCGCUGCCUCUGUCUUUAACCCAUCCCAGCCAGUCGUCGGACAGGAAGUGAUCUUCAGAGAAUGAAUGUGAGCCCCGAGGCUGGUGGAGCUGGAGUCACCCAGGAAGUGGCUGCCUACUUUCUCCCCCAACGAAAUUAUGUAUCCCUUUCCCAGGCAUUCCCAGGGCAUGGUGUGGUGUGGUGUGUGGGUGUGUGUAUAUGUGUAUAUGUGGGCAAGCAAAUAGGGAAAGUGAGGCAUCCCUGGGCUUGUCCCCAGGAGCCCAUCAGAGGAGGUGCUGGAGCUGCCCUGUGGCAGCAGGAACGGAGCAGCAGGAGACAGGGCCGGGAACUGUCUGCCUUCCCUGAUAGCAGGCCCCGGUGAGGUGAGGCUGGCCAGUGCCCCUGGUGAGGUGGCAGGAAGGACUCUGGCUGUCACGUCUGCUCUUAGGAAGAGGAGCUGAGCUUUGGCCCUGGAGGCUACUGGGGGAAAGUGGCCAGUACAGCCCCAGGCCAGGCUGGUUCUGAGAAAGGGAGCUAAGGCAGGGGGACAGCAAGUGGAAGCAAAGCAAGGAAUACAGGGAGGGCCUGGGUCAGGGGUGAGCCUGGAACUUGGGGUGGGAAGAUGGGGAGCCUGGCCCUCAGAGCUGAGCUGACUCAUUUUUGGGCCAGGGGUGGGGCUUCUGUCCCCGACCCCCUACAUCGGGAGUAGGUGAAAUGGUCAUCAGGAAGGUCUGAGAAGAGGGAGGGUUGAGCUCUUGUCCCACAGGAGUCUCUUGACCCCUCUGUGUGGUUAGAAGGUGGGUUAGGGCUGGCAGUAGAAGCGAUACCGCUGGUGGAGUAGCCAGAGGGACCUGCAGCUCUUGGCAGAUUCCACUCCCCAGUAACAGAUGUGGCAACAAGGCCCAGAGAGGGGCUGGCCCUACAGACCAGUCACAGCAAGGGACAGGGCCCAGAGCCUGCACUUCAGUUGCCCUGAGAUUCCAGGAGCCUCUGAGGGAGAUGCGGGGGGUCUACAUGAGGUGGGAGGUGGUGUGCGUGGGGGUCUGUGUAUAGUUCUGAACCAGAUAUGGUUGGCCCUUGCCAGCCUGGUGUGUGAUGUGAUGAGUUUGCGAAGGACAGUUUCCACGAGAAGCAGUCGCAAGGAUGGGGAUGGAUGCCUUCGUUGUUCCAGGCCUGUCAGGGGGCCCAGGUGCCUAGCAGUCCCUGCUCUCUGCCCUGGACUGGAAAUUGACUAGGAGAGCUAUGAAUCGAACAACUGGCCGUUUUCUGGCUAGAGACACCAGCUCCGAUGGCAUGGAGGCCCUGGGGCCACCCCAGGUGCCUUUACCUCAUCCUGGUGUGUAAUAAAUCACUGACCAUGGAGCCAUGAUGGCUGAAAUAA